AUGUUUGUGUCGCAAACUUCCUUUCGCAAAAAGCGAACUCGGGUUCAAGUGACGACCCAGGGUGACCCUGGAAAGAAAUCGCAUAAUACACAAAUCUCAAAUGCCGGCCAUGAGGUCCUUCAAGCCCCACUACAGCUUUCAAGUCUUGCUCAAUCUAAAAAAGAUGAUCAAAUCGCAAUACUUGUGAAGAACUACGUUCCGGAAGAUGAGAUACCUUAUAUCAAGGACUGUCCUGACGACAAGCAAUCUCGAAUAUGCGGCGCUUGGGUGGAAGCGCUGCCAACACUCAGCAACCAAACUAACCAGGAUAGCGUUUUGCCAGCGGCAAUAGAGUCUUUGGCAACUUCACUUAUGCAUCAGAACCCUCAGCGGAAUGGUCACAUCAUCGACUCUACACAUAGCUAUCACAAAGCCAUCCAGGCUUUAAGGCACGGCUUUGAUGCUACUGACUGCCCUUUCCACGCCGAAUUUGCAGCAGCCAUAAUGUGUCUCAGCUUGACAGAGGUAAGUAAGCUCAGUUAG